AUGAAUUUACCGAAAAAUGAGCAACGCGAGCCGCCAAAUGACCUCUUUGCCAAUGGGAAAAAUGUGAAAAUCGAAGAGCCCGACGACUACGAGAUUGAAUCCAAUGAAGAGGAUGACGAGGAAGAAGAGGAAAAUGGAGAAGACGACAAUGAAAUCGACGAUGACUACGAGGAAUUCGAUGUCUCCGAAUUCUUGGCAACGGCCUCAAAAUCGCCGACAGAUGAGGGAAAAGCGUCGAUUUUUCGCCUUUUCCCCGAAUCCAUUCCGAAAACGAUCAUCCUUAUUGUCUCCGAGAAGCGGGAAACGGAAAAACAAAAUUUCGCAAAUUUCGCAAAUUUUGAGGAUUUUGAAAAAUCGGUUCCACUCAUGGGAAAUGAGAUAAAAGUCGAGGAAAAGCGCGCCCAAAUGGCCGAGUGCGUGAAGUGCGGACGAGUGAUUGACUUGCUGGGCGAUGACGGAAACGCGAUGAAACGAAUCGAGUGGACGGAGGCAUCGCGAAUCGAAAAAUCAUCGAGCGCGGGAUUCGCGGAGUGCACAUCGAGCGAAUCCGAGAGAAAA